AAGUCAUCAAAUUAUAGAUCCAUCUAUUCCACUUCAUCUGUAGUUAUUAGUAUUACUGCUGUGGAACAUGUGGUACACAAGGGAAGUGCAAAAAUGAAACAGUAAAAUGCUUUAAAAAUGCAGCCAGGAUACACUUUUCUCUGAGGGAGCAAAAUGGAUUACUUUAAAGAACUAAUCAAGCAUGUCUUAUUUUUGAUGAUUUUAAAGUUCGCUAUUAAAAACCUCAUUUCAGUAGUGCAAGAAAAUACAUCCAAUUUUAUGGUCCUUCUAUGGGCAUUUGAGGACCACAGGGCUCAGUUUCAUUUGGACAUACUCAAAAGAAUCAGUAAAACAGUUUGUACUCUGCUGAACAUUAGCUACUGUUGUAGUACAUGGAACUAGCAGAUUCCAGUGAAUAAUGGUUUUUAGCUGUGUUUUAGACUGCACCUAAACAAUAGUUUUGGAUGAGUUGAGAAGCAGUUUAGAUCACUGUUGUAACUGACAGAAGUUAUUUAUGAUGCUUGAUUUGUGAAUACGAAAUACAUAACAAAUGGCUUCCUUUUUCAAAGCCUGCUACUGGGAAUUCUUAAGGGUAAAAUAGUUUUAUGCCAAAUUGUGAACUGAUUGCUUCUAAUCAACCAAAUGAUGGUAGAACCCUAUGAAAAGGACAUACACAAUCUAUCAUGUUUGGGUCUCCUGAAAGUCCCUCUAAAUGCUACCUUAUGCUGGCGUGUAUCCACUCAGGCUUUUAACAGAUCCUUCAAAUGAGCAAAACAACACACUGUGCUGUCUAACAGAAUACUGCAGCACAGAAGAAUGUUAGUUACUUUAAUGUCAUUUCCAAAUUAGCGGUGCCAUUUGGAGCAGAACGCUUAAUUACAGGAUGUUUGUGGUUCUUGACAAGCUGGUUUGUGUGUAUUAGGCAUAAGUUGGACAGCAAACUAGAAACAUUACAGAAAUAGGAGAUUGUUGCUAUCAUGUCAUCCUUUGUAACUGUUGUCUUGUUGAGCAGGAAUAAGCAAACUAGAAUUUAUAAAAGCUCAUUAUCCAGAGAGCAGUCUUUACUGUCUCCAACCUAGAGCACAGGAUUUCCCCCCCCUUCCUGCAGACCUUGUUGCAUAGUGUGUAUAUUCUGGCUUGUAUUCUCCCCAAAAAGAAAAUCAGAAAGCAAGUGUUGUACCACAACUUUGCCUUUUCUAUGUGAACUCUUUAAACUAUGGCACCUCCUUCAUUUCUAAGGAUGGUUCUGAAGACACAUUUGCUGCAGAAAUGGAGCUUGAAAAUCAGCUUUUGAUCUAGCUUUGGACUUGCUGUAGGAUCAAGUUGCAAGUGGAAGUCAGUGCUGGCCCAAUCUUUUUCACCUUCUCCUCUCCUUGGUCCGUGGGGACUCAGCUGAGUGAGGAGGAGGCUGAGUUGAGCACGUGUGCUUUGCAGCUCCAGCUCUGUGCAAUGUGCUCGUCUCAUCCCCUGCUAUUACAGAAUGACCUUGCAUUGAGCCUUUUUGGGAGAAACAAGAUUUAAACAUCAGUUCUUCAAUGUGCAUCCUUCUAUUCAAAUUUGACCCACGGCCAGUUUCAAAAAAUGCAUACAGGCUUAUUCUAGCAGCUAAUAGGGAUGAAUUUUACCACAGACCAUCCAAAUCGGCCGAGUUUUGGGACAGCAGCAAUGAGAUCCUUAGUGGUCUGGAUAUGGAGGAGGGAAAAGAAGGAGGGACAUGGCUGGGAAUCAGUAAGAAAGGCAAGAUGGCAGCCCUGACAAACUACAUGCAGCCAAAGAUUGAUAAAAAUGCAAAAGGAAGAGGUGCUCUUGUAACAAACUUCUUGACUGCAGAUCUGGACAGCUACUCUUACUUGAAGAAAGUUUCAGUAGAGGGACAUCUUUACAAUGGAUUUAAUUUAUUAGCAGCUGACUUGAAUACCACCAAAGGAGAUGUAAUUUGCUACUAUGGAAACAGAGGAGAACCAGAACCUGUUUUCCUAAAUGCUGGAAUAUAUGGAUUGAGUAAUUCUUUGUUGGAUACGCCAUGGAAGAAACUUCAGUAUGGGAAGCAGCUUUUCACAGAAGUGGUCAAGAGAAGUCAAGACCUUACCAAAGAAGACUUGGUGAAGGAGCUUCUUACAGUGAUGAAUAAUCAAGAGCCUCAAUUACCAGACCCUGCAAUUGAAGACCAAGGGAAGGAUUACAUCCGUCCCAUCCUGAACAAGUAUGCAGCUUUGUGCGUUCGCUGCCCGGGUUACGGAACAAGGACGAACACGGUGGUGCUCAUCGAUUCCGAGGGAUGCGUUACUUUCACCGAGCGCAACAUGAUCAAUGCUGAUGUCAACCAGUGGCAAACAAGCACCUAUGAAUUCAAACUACACAGUUAACAACUUUCCACAUGAAUGGUUUGUAAUAAUAGCAAUGAGACAACAAGCCAUUAAGCUCUAGUAAAUGUUUUGUGCCAGCUUCCACAAACUAAAAAUAGCAAGGAAAGCAAAAGUUUAAAUAAACUGGUAUCAUACCCUGUCAAGCUCACAAAUGCUUUGGAGAAAACCAGAUGAAGAUUUUUUUUUUACAUGAAGUAGCAACUUAUAAUCAGAAAUAUUUUAUUUAAUGCCACCCUGCUUUCAGGGCAAGGCCAUCUUUGUCCAAGACAAAGUCGUUGCUUUUUUGUAGGUGUGGAUUUUUUUAUAGAUGUUAUUAGUAGACCUAAACUUGUUUUUAGUUCUAAUGGUGGGGAAAUACUUGCUGCUUUUAUUGUUCUAUAUGAAGGUUUUACCAAACUUCGCUUUACCUUCAACAUAUGCUGUUAAGAUUGUACAGCUGAUGCCAGUGUGCAUUAAAUGAAUGUAUGUUAUCCUGGUAGUAUUAAGUGCUUUAGUCUCAUUUAAGCUUUUCAGUGCCAUGGUGCAAUGUUCUGCCUGGGGAGGGCAGAGAGGGGGGAUUCUUUAAAUUCAUUUUUCUAUAGAUAGUACAGCAAUAGAUCUUAUUUGUAAAACUUGAUCUGAGAAUCAAGGUAGGGAAUUUAGUUCAGUCUCUGUUCACUUUUACUGAAAGAACCAUGGGAGCAGACUUGCUUAUUUUUGACCUGAAUAAAACUAUUUGUGCUGUGACAUCCUGUUUCCUGAUAGUCUAAUUAGCAGUAUUGUUUUUGUUAUUUUCUUCUCCAGCAAGCAGGUAAGGAAUAGGUACCUGUUUGCAAACGGAAGCUGAAGAUGAGGUUUUCAUGUGUCGGCUGUUUUGUACAUAUAAAAUUUUGGAUUCAUUUCUUUAUUGGUAGAAUGUGUUACAGCCUGGAGUGGAUUCCAUCUCAUGGAUUAUUAGUAGAAAUAGCUAUGUGUUGUAAGGUGACACUGUUGCAGUCUUAUAUUGCUGAAAAAGUUGAAUAUUAAGAGGUACUUCCUAUGUUCUAACACCUGUGAAUUAAAAAGCUAUUUAAAUGCAUGCUUUUUUCAAUUAUUCAGUGCCAGUGUAGGUAAUGGAAGAUUCUAGCUAAUAACAGGAUAUUUGAAAACCCUAAGCUAUUUCUGUUUCUAUUGGUAUUCUGUUUUGACUAUUUUUGAAUACUGAAUAUUAGGUUAGUAAUGGAUCACCACUAUUUUUUUUUCCUUUAGGUAUGCUGACUGUAUUUUCACAAGCCUCUGAUUUUAAUUAAUUAUUGCAGAGUAGUCAGAUUUUUGAUACUCUUUGGAAGAUGUGCAGCUGUGUUUCUGUUCUCAAGCUGGUGUAUUUUGGCAUUCUCACGUGUGUGUGUAUGUGUGUGUGUGUGUAAUGGAGGCAGCAGUAAAUGAAACUUUCCAUUGAGGUGAAGUACUGUGAAAGGCCAUUCCCAGAUUUGUAUUUGUCAGGAAGUGCUAAAGCAGCAUUUAGUCAAAUCUCUUCUUCAUAUUUGCAUAUUUAAAUAGCUCCUAGAGACCAGGACUGCUUACUUGACUAGUCACAGGUUGUGGAUUCAGUUCUGUAUAAAUGACUUUUUGACAACUUCGAUUGCAAGACAAUCAACAAUCGUGUUGGGUUGUACAUGGUUUAGAACUCAAAGCCUUCCAGACUGUCCUCCUGAGCUGCAGGAAAUGGUCAGCCCUUUUCAAUUUUUGAUGACUUUUAAACCCCACAUUUGUAUGGAUAAAAAUGUUAACUGUUAUUUUUAGAUGCAGAGAAGUAGCUAAAGCUGUCUUAAAUUUUAGUUUGACACAUGCAUACCUAAGAAACAAAGCCCUGCCUCAAUAGCUUGCUCUGAGAGUUUGCAUAGCAAACUUUUUAAAAUCCACUUACAAAUAGUGGAUAUUUAAACAUGACAUUCUCUUUGAAGACAUCAUAAAGGCAAGCAAAAUGCAUGCAGUUUCAUGCUAAAAGCAUUUGUAAGCUUCAGUCUUUAUAGCAGUCCUGUAAUAAUGAAAAUUUAUUCUUAGUUUUUACAUACAGGCAAAGAAAGGUGAGUCAGACCUUAGAUGUAAAUAUGGAUUAUAAUAAUGUAUUUUGAUAUGCUUGAAUCAAAAUUCUAAAUCUGGGAUUUGCUUUUUCUGACAAUUAGGACAAACAGGAAAGAGCCCAAACAUUGGAUGUUGUUUUUUAUCUCAUCAGAAUAGCUAAUAAAGUGAGGUAUUUUAACUUAUUUGGAAGCUUUUGUGAGAGUUUUGUCAUUGGCUGAAAUGGAAACAAGAUCAAGACUGCUGUGCAGAUAUCAGCAAGUGGUGCUUGACCAUAGAAGUGAUAAGGAAUUUAUGAAGUGCAUGAUCUACUCUGUGCAAAUUAGAGGUUGCAGUGAAUCCACUGGAAAAAGGAUACUGUACCUACAGUUUAAAAAGAAAGUGUUUUAUUUUUAUAAAAGUAUUUUUAAUAAUAAAAGGAAAUUUUAAAUACCAGUUUUAAAGGAUAUAAAGGAAAAAGGUGUGUAUAGGAAACUACUGCAUGGCAUUUUACUAAGUUUGCUUAUACAUGUCAUCUCUUCAAAGUCAUACAUUUGCAAGAGAUUUUUGUUUCCUGAUUAUUUUUUCUAUUGGAAUCGUAGUGGAAGAAAUUUUAAAAUGUGUAAAACCUCAGCUAUGUUUUUUUUGCUUAAAAUUGUGUCAUAAUUGUUAUUUACAUGUGUGUUCAAAACUAGAAUCAGAAUAAAGUCAAGCUGGUGACCAGUCUUUGUUGGCAUUA